CGCAACACUAAAAACCUCCAUAUGAUUCUUUGAAUCUCUCUCUAGAUCCCUCUCUCUCUCUCUUUCUCUCUCUAAAGAGACAACUACAAGACAAAACUAAGAAGAUGGAGCAUAAUAUGCCGGUGAUAAGCAAGAAGAUGUGGGGAAUAGUACGUGUGGUGUUCUUCAUGCUACGGAAAGGAAUCUCAAAGAGCAAACUCAUGGUGGAUCUCAACAUGAUGCUCAAGCGAGGCAAAACCGCCAGCAAAACAGCCAUAACUAACCUCAUGAUGUUCAGCCACGGCCGCCACGUGUCGUCCCCGGCCUUUGUGGGUCCACGUGAGUACGAGUUCAGCUGCAGCAACACACCGGCUUAUAACAUCCUAGCCCACCUCAGCAAGCGCCGCAACCACCACAAUUUCUUCGGGUGUGCACACGCGCCGCAGACGCAGGAAGAAGACUUGGUGACCUCGAACGCUGUGAAGGCGGUGUUGGAGAUGUUGAAUGGUAAUGAUCAGAUGGCGGUGGAGGCGUCCCCUGCUUUACCGGGAUUUGGGCGGAGCCCGUUUGUGAGGAAGUUGAGGAUAACGGACUCGCCGUUUCCGUUGAAAGAGGUUGAUGAGGUGGAUAGUGGGUACGUGGACAAAGCUGCUGAGGAGUUUAUUCAAAAGUUCUAUAAAGAGCUGAGGAACCAAAGUAUAUAAGUAGUAUAUACAUGGCGUAGUGUGUGUCUUCUUCUUCUCCAGAGCUUAAUUUACUUUUGGGUUGUGUUUUUCUUGACAAAUAUAAACAAUAAUUGGAAAAAAAAAGAAGAAAAGAAAGCGUUUGCAUGAA